AUGGCCGACACCGAGAUCGUCAGACCGGAGGAGCAGAAGGCUCCCCAAUCUCCCUACCAGAAUGUCCGUACCAAUGGCCGUGCCUUCAACUCGCCCAAUUGGCGCAUGAAGAGUGAGAACAGCAGCCCGCAGGCCUCGCCCUCCUCGACACGCACCAACACAUCUCGAACCGCCUUUGCACGACCGGGACCCCAUGUACCCCAGGCCAUCUCCGAGGGCCGCCGGCUCUACGUGGGUAACAUGCCAUACACGGCCAAGACGGAGGAUGUGGAGGCGCUAUUCACAGCGGCGGAGUUCCCUAUCGAGCGUAUCGACAUUGCCGUUGACCCAUUCACCGGCCGAAACCCGUCCUACUGCUUCGUCGAUCUGCAGACCAAGGAACAUGCGGAGCGGGCAAUGGUCGAAUUGGAUGGCCGCGAUAUGCUGGGCCGCCCGGUCAAGAUUAAGCCCGGUGUGGCCAAGUCUGCCGAGCGUGCUGCUGAACAAGCCCCCCGGACACCAUUUGCCAUGAGCCGCUGGCGUGAGCGUCCAGAGGGCAGCACUACCAGCAGCCCUACUAGCUUUGCCAAAGUCAACAACGAUUCCAGCCAACGGGUGUAUGUGGGAGGUCUGCCUCGGUUGACCGAGCCGGAGAGCGUGCAGAGCAACAUGAAGACUUUCUUCCAGGGAUACAAUGUUGAGAAUGUUAGCAAGGUGUUCACCCCACACCCCGCAAAGCGAUUCGAGCCCGGUGACCACUACUAUCUCUUUGUUGACUUUAGCAGUGUCGAGGAAGCCCAACGGGCCAUGGACACUCUCAAUGGGCAGCAAGGCCCAUGGGGAGGCCCAUUGCGUGUUCAGCGAGCCCGUGGCACGACCAACAAUAAGCCCGAGGGCUCGUCUCCGGCGGAGGCUGAAGAUAGACCGCUAUAG